AUGGCUUCUUCAACACCGAAAUUACUCCCGCCAUCCACUGGCCCACGGCUCAUCGUCUACCACCAGACUUACCACGACUCAAACGGCAAUUACCACUCGUUGCUUCCACUGCUCACGAACAAUACGGGCAUCACACAUGUGAUUAUCGCAGCCAUUCACCUUAAUGAUGGACCAGGGAACAUCACGCUGAACGAUCACCGGCCUGACGAUAAGAGAUACGACCAGUUAUGGGGCGAGGUGAAUUGGUUACAAGGUAGCGGGGUCAAGGUGUUGGGUAUGCUAGGAGGAGCAGCAAAAGGCAGUUUCGAGAAGUUGAGUGGAGACGAGGAGAGUUUCGAGGCAUAUUACACCCCCCUCCGCGACCUGAUAACCCGUUACUCCCUCUCAGGCCUCGACCUCGACAUCGAAGAAGAAAUCCCCUUAUCCACCGCUACACGCCUCAUCUCCCGUCUACGAACAGAUUUUGGUCCCCCGUUCCUGAUCACCCUCGCUCCCGUCGCCACAGCCUUGAUCCCCGAUCCUAAUAUCCCCGCUCACCUGCGUCCACCCAGACCCAUGCUAGCUAGCGGACCCAGUCCUAAUCCUCUACACCCCACUUUACCUCAUCUCAGCGGGUUCAGUUACCCAGAACUGGAAUGCAGUGUUUUUGGAAAAGAGAUCGGCUGGUAUAACACGCAAUUCUACUGUGGGUGGGGUGAUGCGGGGAGGACGGAGUGGUACGAUGCGAUUAUAGCGGCGGGCUGGAAACCAGAGAAAGUGGUGUUGGGUGUAGUUACGAACCCGGCAAAUGGGGCUGGACACGUGGGUAUACAGAAACUAGCAGAUAACUGCAAGAGGUUACGGCAAAAGUACGGGAAUAUCGGGAAAGGGUUUGGAGGCCUUAUGGGGUGGGAGUAUUUUAAUGCUGGGGAUUGCGAACAAGACCUUGUUCACGUUUCUUCGCUGGAACUGGAUAACGAUACUGUGCAAGCAGGGUGGGUUAAAGCCCUGGGCAGAGUGCUACGCACAGAAGAAGAAAACAACACAGGGCAGAGACCAUUACAAGGUGUCACGGCUGAUCAGAUCCGCAACAUGGUUAGUAACCUCCCUGCUGCACGAGCGGCUUGGCCAGACGAAGAAGUGGACAAGUUGGUUGUGUUGGGGUUUUCGCGUCAAGAGGCCAUUGCGGCGUUGAAUGCUACGGACGGGAAUACGGAGAUGGCGGCGGGGUUCUUGUUUGAACAUUAUCCGAGUUAG